CGAAAGAGCGUGGAAGCUAGUCUAGGCUACUGCGUCAUAGCACCAUCCCAUUAAGCUCGGCCGGCGCCCCGAUAAGCUACCCCGACAUCUGCCUCUGUCAAUCAACAUCCUCUCCUUCCAAGGCAGGACAUGAAUUCAGCAUCCUCAGUUUAAAAUAAAUAUCGCCAACUAUGCCUUCUACCGUUGAAAUCACCAUACCGAAUUCGACCCUGGUGGAAGGCUACACAAAGUACAAUAUUACCAUCCGCCUCCCCCUCCGAUCGUACGUCGUUCAGAAGCGAUAUUCCGAAUUCGCAUCCUUCCACGACUCCCUUUCCCACCAGGUAGGCGCUCAGCCUCCUGUUCCGCUCCCCAAGAAGUCAUGGUUUUCCAAUACAAAUUCAAAUGAGAGACUUCGAGAGGAACGACGACAAGGGCUGGAGAAAUACCUGCAAGCGAUCAACAACACAGAAGAUCAGCGCUGGCGGAACACCAGUAUUUGGAGGUCGUUCUUGAAUCUUCCAAGCCAAUCAAUUUCGGUAGAUAAUAGUUCAUCCACGAGAUUACACAAGGCUAUUACAGUUCCAGGCAGCGUCGGAUCGGCACCUAUUAUAGACCCAGUGCUAUGGCUAGACUGUCAUCGCGAACUGAAAACCCACUUACAUGAUGCACGGUUGCAUUUGACGAGACGGGAUCAAGCAACCUCACCUCAGAAACAGCAUGAAAGCUCUGCACAUGCCAAGAGCAGUUUGACUAAGGCCGGGACAAUGAUAUUGGCUCUGGAAGGAGGAUUGAAAGACCCUGGCAACGACGCCUGGGUUGGUAGCGGUCUUGGAGAGGGUGAAAUAAGACGGAGAAAAGAUCUUCUAGCUAGCGCUAAGAAGGAGAAGGAUGGUUUGGAGAACCUACAUAGCGCCAUGAUGCAGAAAAGCAAGUUGGAUGCUGCUGUAGCGUCAAUUCAAGAUAAGGACAAACUUAUAGGAAGCGCAAAGCCUCGUGUGGGCCGAGUCCUAGGAAAAGAAACCGACAAGACCCGUGAGCUAGAUAACCAAGGAGUGCUUCAACUCCAGAAGCAGACUAUGGAAAAUCAAGACAAGAGCGUGGACGAGCUGAUGAAGAUCAUCACGCGGCAACGAGAACUGGGAGUUGCUAUAAAUAAUGAACUUGAGAUUCAAAAUGAGCUUCUGAAAUUGACUGAUGAGGAUACCGAAAGACUAGAACGCAAGAUCGAGAUUGGAAAGAAACGAGUUGGGAAGAUUUCUUAAGGUCUAUGCUGAGGUGGAAGCGAAAUAAACAUGCAUAUCAUAUACGAUUCUUUACAAAUUACGAUAUACCCCUGCGCUCAUCAUGGAUAUAGCUUCAAUCUUUCAGCAUGGGCAGCACUUUGAGCGAUUUAUUAAUACUGACUGAUUCUAUUGUCACUACAUCAUGAUAUCUAGACUGAGACAUAGGCAGCCACUAAUUAUUUGAGAGAUAAGAACU